AUGAUCAAAGAAAACCAUCCUCUCCACAACCCCUCACACCCAUCGUCCUCUGCAGCGAAAAUGUGUUUACGCCUCGCAGUCUCCCACCGCCUCCAUCAAGUGCAGAAGCCGAGGUCUUUCCUGAGACGACACGGACGCACGGCUUCUUCGUUCCGAGGCAUGGUGGAGGGCGAACCGAGAUGCAGUGGGAUUAUAGAUGUCCACGAGUGGAUAUCGUGGACAUCGCUCUUAGAUGAAUUUUUAACGAGGGUGAAUCUCGGGCCAAAUGCAGCUGUAACCCCGCUUGCUCUCUUGUGUUUUCCUCCCGUCGACUUUCAUCAACACCGAGGUCGUGCUUCAAGCCUAUCCAUGACGUGAGAGCAUGUUUGCCCCUCGCGUCGUCGUCUUCCGGGGAAGUUUCCCCACCAUGGUGGAGAAGACAAUUCAUUCUCCUCGCAUUCCGAUCAGAGGAACAAUGCAUCUCCAUGACACAAUGUCCCUAUGUUCACCCGGAAUCUAACCCCACCCCACACGCGCUAGUCCAACUUG